AUGUGCAGAAGUUGGUUUAGACCUUCAGAGAUCAUCGGCCUUCAAUUUGAAUUGACGCAGCUGACUGCAAAUGCUGACACCACAGAAGAGGAAGUUCAACCUGCUGCUGUUCUUCAGACUCGCCUCUCUAUGGCAAGGGAAAAUGUUGAUACACUAAUGAAGGCCGAUGCAGAACGCACGAGGGAAGUUCUUAGACUAAAGGACCGCGUGGCGACGCUUCAGCGGGAGGUGGAUUCGCAGCAGUUGAGAGCAUCUCAGGCAGAGGUCCAAGCUUCUGACUUUCGUUCGCGGCUCAUUCGGUCCCAAGCCUGCAUGGGGCGUCUGAAUACAGAGCUGCAACGAGUUAAAAAGGAACUGGUAUCCCAAGGCACCAGAAAAGAAUAG